AACAUAAACAACAACUGAACAAAUACUGCACUCGAAAACAUUAUUUUUCGCCCCCAAACGAAACACUACGAUUAGUCGAAUCCCAAACCUCAUAAAGUGCCAUCGACUAUACACUUUUAUAAUUUUCCUUAUAAGCUGGUUGGUUCAAAAACUGAUGCAUCAAUCGAUUCACCGUGAAAUUCCAUCACACGUUUAUUUCAUUGCUUUAUGAUUUGUGUUUGUUAUUUUUGUUCCAGACGAUGGAAUCCGAUACCAUGAUGGAAGUGGACAACAAAGGAUUCGAAAAGGACAUCAAGAGGUCUCCAUACCUGUCAGCUGUCCAAUCGUUGCCUGGAAACACUCCCGGUGAAAAAUACAAGACCAUCAAUACCCUGGUCCAAGGAAUAAUUGCCGGUAGCAAUGAGCCUUGCAGCUACAACGGAGACGUAGCCACGUGGGACGCCUGCACACCUGCACUGCAUCCGCUAAUAAAAGCUCACAUUGGAAAAAAGCUGCGGCUAACGGGUGAAAUCGAGGAAGCUUUGAAAUGCCCGGAUGUCAAGGUGGUGAACGUAGCUCUACGAGCUAAGUGGUUUUUCUACUCCACGAACGAUUACAUAAACACCGCGUACGUUGCCAAUAUCCUACCUCUCGUUAGCAAGCGCACCAAGUUGAGGAUCAUAAAACGGUUGUCCCAGUCUUUGGCGAACGACGAAGCCAAGGGGGAGCAGUUUUUCAACUUUUUCUACGACCGAUACGGUUUUCAAGAAGCUUUCCAGUUUAUCACGUGCUGCAGCGAACAGAUCAUCGAUGGCAUAUUGACGGAGCGCCAAGUGGUACUGUCUACUAAGACCCUGGGAAUUCUGUUUAAAAAACAUCCAAAACUCGUGAUCGAUUACAUGCACAAGAUGACGAACAAUGCCGAUGAAAAAGAUAAAGUUUUGGAGCCGGUGAUACGGUUUGUUCCUAGGCUGAUAAAAAACCAUACUUCGGAUUACAUUGUGCUGUUUGAAAAAUUGAGUGGCAAGCAAUGGCCAAAAUUGGGCUGUAAGCUUACUCAUUACCUGACACGGAAUAAUCCGAAGUACAUCAUGAGCAACAUACACAAGUACCAAGAUUGUUCGUUUAGAUCUUUGCGGAAGAAUCUUACGCUGAAGCAGUACAUGAAGGUGCUGGGUAAUCUAUGUUCAGAGCAAAGGAGUUCGUUUGAUUUUUUCGAAAUUCUUAAGUUAUUGAGAUACGACGCGAUAGAAAAUCGCCUAGAUUUAAUAACGGAUAUUUAUAAAAAUAAAUAUGGCGAGGAAUUACUUACUCGUUUGGAAUUUUUCAAUAUUCAAUCACGUUUAAAAGAAAUGCAUGGCCUACUAACUUUGAAACAGAUUGAAACUUUUGUCUCUCAUCUCGUCUUGAAAAGAAAAUGUUGCGGGAUAGAUGACGUGCUCCCUUUUUUGGCUUACUACCCACAAGAAAAGAUAUUACAGUUACUACAUAGAGUCAGGAAUCAAGGGGAACAAGGUCAACGUUGUUCCGACGGUUUUUUGUCAUUCGAGUAUAAGCUGUUAUUUUCAUAUCUAACUGGCAAGGAACGAACAGAUGAAGCCAAGAGAUUGAUGAUGAAUCCUAGACCAGAUUUGGAUUCUUUCUAUUACGAGUGUUGUUGUUACCUGCCAAUAGAUGAAUCGCUCAAGAUGUUAAUGGACGCUUACAAUUCAUCAUCACCUCCAAAGGAGGGAAAGUUGUCAUUGGUCACUAAAAUGAUAAUGACUUGCAAAAUUAAUAAAAGCCAAGAAGGUUUGCUGGAAUUUCUGUCUUUUUACAACGAUCGACACAAAAAUGCACUGCCAUCAACUUUCCGAGCUGUACUGCCUGAGAUUGUAAAAGCUUUGGACGCGAUGAAUCCCAACGUAACGCUUUUGUCAGAGUUUUACAAGUUGGUCAUACAACAGUACGUGUUCAAGAAUUUGUUUUUGUCGGGGGAUGACGUGGUGCACCUUAUUUUUUCAAAGAUUCAUCUUUUGCUCGGCCAAUCCGACAACGACGCGGGCGGGCAAGUUUUAUUUGACAAACUGGUAAACAUCUAUCUGGAAUUUAAGAUUGAAUUCUACAGCCGCUCGCCAUGGGACAUUCUCCCAUCGAAUCCAAAACUUGAAAUGGACGUUUUGGACAAAAUGAUACGGACGAUCCCGCAAAUUUACCCCGAAGACCACACCACGUGGAAAGACAAAGUCAAGAGAGUUCAAGUUCUAAUGAAUAUUGUAUCCAAGUUGCAUGAGCACAACGUGAUAAAAAAAAAGAACCAGAAUAACGACAAAAAUUAUCCCACCUCCGCAAGAUUAUCAAAAAUGGAGGAUUACACUUGGCUGGCGAAUACCAUAUGCAAAAUAUUCAAGGAAAGUAACGAUUGCGGCUCUCUCGUCGACAACCUCAGAAGUGUCAUCCGAGAGUACGACCCGGAAUUCCAUCGAUCCAAGAUACCUCCGACGAGUGAGUGCGUGCGCCAGAUGUUGUUGAACGGCCGUGUCCGUGGGGAGCUGAAAAACCACCCAGAAAUAAUUUUGGCCAACUGGGAACAAUACUUGCACGUGUGCCGGAGCAUGUUGUAUCGCCGUUCAAAAAAAGCAGCUCGGAAAUUCGUACUUGCUCUGAAAUGGCACAACGAGUUGCCAAUAAAGUUCAUCGAACGCUGCUCGUUGGAAAUCGGCAGCGAGGGGAGUUUGGACGUUUUGGGUAUUCUCGUGGAAGGCGAGUCGUUGGGUGAAUUGCUGUCUCGGUAUGCUCCAAGGGCCCCGAGUAUGGAUAUUUACGAGCUGGACCCGAUGGGGACUUACAAAAUUUUACCCUCGUUCCCUUCGGCUGUCAAUGCGUCCAAUCCACCGGUAGAUUUGACAUUUUUGUUGCCAUUUAUCCAGAAUACGGAUAAUUCAAAGAUCAUGCUGCGCGUGAUUUCGAGACUCGGUCGGCACGUCGAGAAGACAAAAGUGUUGGGCUUCAUAGAUCUGCUCUGGAAUAACCCUAACAUCUUGAAAAAAAGUGCCAUUUUUCUACUGAUCUCCGAGGUGGGUGACUUUGACGAAGUACAGAGUCUUUUACGUAAAUUGUACGCGGAAAAGCGUGAACCAUGGCACAGGCGUAUGGUAACGCGUAAAAUUCUUAGCUACGCGAAAGAGUUGAGUGAUGAAAAAAUACAAUCGCUCGUUGAUAUUUGCAUAGACAUUGUCACUGUCGACGAUGACGCUGACCUAGGGAUUUUCAUUUCCAAAAUCCAUGCAUUGCCUCGCCGUUGUUGUCCCGAGUACGUGAAGAAAUUGUUAACUAAAGUCGAGGCCCUGGCGGUGAACGAUGAUCAUACAAAGUGGAAAGAAAAGUGGAUAGUGCGUAUUUUGACGGUCAUCGAGGAAAAGAUGGUCAUAUGUUUUCCCAAAGAACUGAUUUUGGACAUAUUGCGCAAGUAUUUUUUUAGAACCCAUUCGUGGCACGUUUCGAUGGUGACAAUGUGUUUGGCACGUUUAGUCUUCAGUUCGUCCUUGGCACGAAACAACAAGAAAGCACUUGGGCAAAAAAAAUUAUAAAUUUUUUUUUCCAUCAACCACGUUUUUUCUGUAACAACGAGCUUGCAUCUUGUUUUAUUUCACACUCCUUACUCCUCCAUUAAUAAUUUGUAUGAGAAAAUAAAAAAUGAUGAUUUUUUUUAAUGAAUUAACGUACCAGUACA